CUUGGUCAGGCAGAGAUGGUCCUUGCUUGUGCGCGAUGCCAACUUCGGAUGCUGGGAAGCAAUCAGCGCGAAGAGAAAUCAGAGGACCACGAGCAGGCUGGGCAAAGGGAGAAGCUGCUGAAAGUGAAGAAACAUAAGAGAAGAGAGGAGCGAGAUGAUGAGAAACAUCGAGAAGCCCAGCCUACGGAAGCUCUGGUCCCGGAGCCAGCUGAUGGGAACAAAGUUGAAACAGCGGAACAAGAGGGAGCUGUUGCGGCCACCCCUUCCACUCCGAAGCCAAGGCGCUCUCUGAUCAGAGACCGAGGCCCAUUAUAUGAUGACCCCACACUUCCUGAGGGCUGGACACGGAAGCUCAAGCAGAGGAAGUCAGGCCGAUCAGCGGGAAAGUACGACGUGUACAUUAUCAACCCACAGGGAAAGGCAUUCCGUUCCAAAGUAGAGCUCCUGGCACACUUCGAGAAGGUCGGAGAUACCACACUCGACCCCAGCGACUUUGACUUCACAGUCACAGGGCGAGGGAGCCCCUCAAGAAGAGAGAAGAAGCCGCCUAAAAAGCCAAAGAGCCCCAAGUCGACCGGUACGGGAAGAGGCCGGGGCAGGCCCAAAGGGAGUGGCAAAGACAAGAGGGUUCAGAAAGGCGGUCCGUCGAAGAGGUUGUCGGAUAAAAGCGCGGCAAAGCUCCUGGUUAAAAUGCCUUUCUCAGCUCCCCUGUUGCAGAAGGCUGAAGGAGCCACGUCUUCCACAGAACAACUUCCAAAGGUGCGGAAAGGCGGGCCUGGCAGGAAGAGGAAGUCUGAGAUCGAGCCCCAGGCUGUCCCAAAGAAGAGGGGCCGAAAGCCUGGCGGGGGCUUUGUGGUGCCAGCCAUGAAGAAGAAAAUCAUCAAGGAGUCUUCCAUCAAGCCUGAAGAAGUGACUGUUUUGCCAAUCAAAAAGAGGAACCUGGGGGAGGAGAGCUCCCCCCUGAAAAAGAGAAAAAGUACCCGCAUCUUUGAGGAGGACACCAGCAUACCGGUAGUGGGGAGCUCGGUGGUGAAGGAAAGCAUCCAGCCUGAACAAUCAGUGACGGAUGGUGGAGAGAAAAGUGGGAAAGGACAGAAAAGCAUUAAAAGUGUGAUUCACAAGGCAAGAGAGGGGAGCCCGAAAGGCAGGAGUAUCAAGAAGGAGCCCCCUCACCCUGCUGACCCCAAGGAUUCGGAGCCAGUGGAGGUGACUGCUCAAGAGGCGGAGAGCUCCAAGGACAGGAGGAGCCCCUCAGAACCCAAAGACUUGAGCGCAAGAGCGUGCAUGGAGGAGAAGCCUCCACGGAGCAGACCCGAGGCUGACCUGCUUCCAAAGGAGCCCUCAAAGACUGAGCUCGCAGAGAAGGGCAAACUGAGAGGCGAGGGUGAUCAGCGGGCUGUCAUCUCGACUGUGCCGAGGCCGAGUAGAGAAGAGGCGGCAGAUACCCGAGCGACUGUCUCGGAGAGAGUUAGCUGACUUUGAUAGGAAGAAGGAAAAAAACAUGAACGAGGCAGCUGUUGUGUCUUUUCCUCCUUUGUGAGUAGGGCUCUAACGAAGGCUUUCCAGAGCAGUGAUGCUGAACCUCGAAGCUUAUAUGGGGCAAGAUUUAAUUUCUAAUUUCUUCCUUGAAGUGUUUGCAUCUGUUAGGUGGUCAAAUGUCAAGUCUGUCUUUGUAUUUUGUUUGACUCUCAGAACGAUAGUGAGUGAGAGAUUCCCCCCCGCCACCUAUCCACCGGCCCCUCCUCCACUUUACCCUUGCUCCUUUUCCUCCUUUCCCACACCCUCCACCGUUCCCACUCUAGGAACAACAAACAACAAAAGCUCACCAUGCCUGUGCUACAGUGCCACCAUAGGGCCCACGUUCAGUCAGUAGGGUGUCAGAGAUCCCCACUCCAACUCCUCCAAGUUUCUGAGGCCAUUUUGGAGCUUGCCAACCAGAUUUCAGUUGUGUCUAAUGUUGAGCCCAAACCUACGGAGUUCUGCAUUUUAUUUUGGGAGGAGGGUGGGGUCUCUGAUGCCGGUGGAGGGUGCAAGUUGGUGCGCUGAAGAUCUCAUGCCCUAUGAAAUGUCUUGUCGCUAGCAUUGUUCGAUGUCACUGCAGGUGGUCGCUAAGCUACACGACAGACUCCUAGAGGGCAGGAGGCCAGUCAGUGCACCCAGCUUCAAAUUGUACCCAUGUGCUGGCCCAUUUCAGGGCACGUUUAGUCUGUUUGUACAGUGUCCCAGUUAGAGAGACAACCCGCCCUGCACUCAGUAGAAUCUGUCACUGGAGAGACUGUCUCUGUCUCUCUCUUUCUGUCUCUCUCUUUCUCUCUUUCUGUGUUUCUNCUUUCUUACUCUCUAUCUCUCUCU